CAAAAGAUUCAAAAAUAUUUAUGAGCAAAGGUUUCGACUGUGAUUUACCUGUUAAUAAUAUAGGUUUUGUUACCUGUUGGAAACAUAACCCCACUUGCAAUGAUGUAGCAGCUUACUCAUGUAAAACAUUUCACGCAGUUUCAAAACAGAAGAUCAUUAAAGCAAAAUCCAACUUAAAGAGUCUGGAAAAAGUUAAGGAGUCUGGCGGACAAGUAAGAACCUUUAGAUGUGUAGCAAAUGUUGUCAAACCAUUUGAAUCACAUGUAUCCUUUGUGUGGAUUGUAACAAAACAUGGAAAAUCAAAUCAUGUCACCAAAAGCGUGAAAAUACCAGUUACUUCGAGCUGUUAUUCUCUGGUGUCAUCUGAGUAUAAUUUCCAUACACCAAUGAAAGACGUAUCUGACACAAAUAUCACAUGUAAAACAAAUUUUGGUUCAAUUACCAGACGAAUCUCCGGUUAGGGAGCAGUUCGUAAGAAAAGAAUGCUGUUUACUUAACACCUGAUCCAAAAUUUCGAAGUCAACUUCACUGUCAACUUUCUUGAUUCUAUAAAUGACACCAGCUGACGGUAUUGAUGUUCGGAUGACUUGUAACAUGAUGAUAUGUGGUAUAUAAUUCUUUUGACUUCAAACUGCAACAAAACGAGGUUAGAGUUGUGCAUAUACAAUACGUCACGAAGGACAACAUACGUGAAAACCAUUAAUAAUUAUCCAAGGUAUCGAGAAUGAUUUAUUUUCUGGUGAAGUAAGCUCUAUUACGUGUUGGAAAGCAAACCCCACAUGCGAAGCUGUAGCAGUCUGCUCAUGGGAAGAUUAUAAACGAACUUGAACAAGGAAGAUGGUUAAAGGAGGCCGCAUUUUCAUUUCAACGCUGUUGACAGCUAUGAUUUCACUGUUAAUGAAGAAAAGGGAGUCUAUAUAUGUUGUAGAAAUAACACCAGCUGAAGGUAUUGAAGUUGGAAAGACAAUUAAUAUAUCAAUAACAUGCUUGCAUGCGUUAAAGAAUUUUCUUGACUUCAAACUCCAACGAAACGGAACUACACUCGUACAUAUACAAUAUUCUAGGAAAAAGGAGAAAUACCUGAAAUUAAAUACUAUCAAAGGUUUCGACUGUGAUUUACCUGUUGAUAAUAUAGGUUAUAUUACGUGUUGGAAAUAUAAACCCACUUGCAAUGAUGUAGCAGCUUACUCAUGUAAAACAUUGACAACAGCUUCACAACCGAAGAUCAUGAAAGCAAAAUCUAGCUUAAAGCAUCUUCAAUAUGUCAAGAAAUUUAAGGAGAAAGGCAGACAAGUGAGAACCUUUAGUUGUGUAGCAAAUGUUGGCGCACCAUUUGAAUCGCAUGUAGAAUUUGUGUGGAUUGUAACAAACCACGGUAAAUCAUAUAAUGUCAUCAAAAAAGAGAACAUACCAGUUACUUCGACCUGUUAUUCUCUGGUAUCAUCUGAUUAUAAUAUCACUACACCAAUCCAAGACGAUUCUGUCACAAAUAUAACAUGUCAAACAAAGUUUGGUUCAUUUGAGUUUUUGGCAGCUGGUUACAGUGAAGUCAAAUUGGUUAUCCAUACAAUCAACAUAGACGAGAUUAAUAAACAGCUUCAGGAUACUGAAAACGGAACAUAUCUCACACAAAAUGGAGAAGUUGUGCAGAUCGAAUUAGCCAACCAGUUACGCAGGAAUUGA